AUGAAGGUCGCUUGUCUGGCCGUGCUGGUGCUCUGCGGCGCCCUUGCGGCCGAUGCCGCGGGAGAUGACCCCACGGUGUCAAUGCCGGGUGUCGUAGACCUGACUCCCGCCAACUUUGCAUCCGAGCACAGCGGCAAGCGGGCGGCGCUGAUCGAGUUCUACGCGCCUUGUGAGUGA